AUGGAGAAAGCUUUGAUUAAACAGUUGAAAAAUACCAAGUUUUCAAAGCCAAUAGAAAAAUCUCAAACAGGAGGUUGUUACUACACUCUUAUUCCUCGUGUUGUCAAGCAUAAGGGAAUGCAUAGUGAAGAUCUUACUAUUAUGAACAUCGACAAGAUGCAGCUAUUGGAAAGCAUAUUGACAACAGCAUAUGAAGGUGAUGAAGAUUCACUUCUUGGAGAGUUACAAUUUACAUUCGUUGCAUUUCUGGAUACUAGUGCUGCAGACAAAGGAGUGACAGCAUUGUUGGAUGAGUCUUGGUUAUCUUCUGAUAGUUUUCUGCACCAUCUUUGUAAGGAUUUCUUUCCAUUAGUACUGGAAGCUCCAGUGAUUUAUGGAGACCUCCUGAUUUGGACGAGAAAACUAAAAGAGCUGCUCAAAGAUUCUUUAGAAUGGCAAUUCAACGAAAACAGACUUUGA